AUGCCUUACAUCAAUGAUACGCCACCGGCGGAGGAGGAUGUUGUCCUUGAGCCAAUCGCUAUCUGUGGCAUGGGAUGUCGACUCCCCGGCCAGGUUGAUUCACCAUCCGCACUAUGGGACUUGCUCCUGAAGAAAGGCUCCGGGAGCUCAGCCAAAGUACCAAAGACUAGAUUCAAUAUCGAUGCGCAUUUCCAUAAGGACUUGGAACGGCCUGGUAGCUUCAACGUCCUUGGCGGAUAUUUUCUUGAUGGUCCAGCUGAGAACUUUGACCCAACGUUCUUCAGUAUGACUCCAAUCGAGGCAAUGUGGUUAGAUCCACAGCAGCGCAAAAUAUUGGAAGUGUGCUAUGAAGCAAUUGAGGCAGCCGGGCUUACUCUCCAAUCUAUAGCGGGAAGCAACACUGGCGUCUUUGUUGGCAGUUUCACGGCGGAUUACCAACAGAUGAGUUUUCGUGACCCGGACUUCCGUCACAGCUAUGCUGCUACGGGUGUAGAUCCCGGAAUUAUUAGUAACCGGGUUGGAAAUAUCUUCGACCUCAAUGGGCCAAGUUUCACAAUCAAUACUGCGUGUUCUUCUUCAGUUUAUGCGAUCCAUCAUGCCUGCCACUCUUUACGUGCUGGUGACUGUGACGCCGCGCUUGUUGGUGGUGUCAAUCUGAUUCUCACUGUUGAUCAACACAUGAAUACCGCGAAACUUGGGGUAUUGUCGCCUACAUCCUUCUGCCACACCUUUGACGCCGCAGCUGACGGCUACGGCCGCGGAGAGGGUGCUGGUGCGGUGUAUCUGAAAAGGCUCAGUGACGCUAUUAAGGACGGGGAUGUCAUUCGUGCGGUCAUACGUUCAUCUGCCGUUAAUACUAACGGAAAGGUCCCCGGGUAUGGUAUUACCUAUCCUAAUGUUGAUGGCCAAGAGAGAGUCAUUCGUGCGGCAUAUAGAAAGGCAAACCUUAACCCAAACAGAACUGCCUAUUUUGAGUGUCAUGGCACUGGUACCCCCGUUGGCGAUCCAAUUGAAGUACGAGCAGUGUCAAAUGCUAUGAAUGAUAGCAGAUCGCCUGAGAAGCCUUUGUUGAUUGGUGCUAUCAAACCAAAUAUUGGACACUCUGAGGCAGCGAGUGGAGUUUUUGCCCUCAUGAAAGCUGCCAUGAUGGUCGAACAAGGUAUCAUCCCGGGUGUUGCUGGACUGCAGACUGUUAAUCCAGAAAUACCAGAAGCCACAUUGAAUGUGAAAGUCAACAGAGACACUAUUCCGUGGCCGCAAGGAUUUGAGUCGAGAAGAGCAAGUGUAUCAUCCUUUGGAUAUGGUGGUACCAAUGGCCAUAUCAUCAUUGAAGAUAUUCGCGCUCUAUACCCGCUGUACAGACAUGGAGCACGCAAAGGACAAGCUUCGUACGACCAUUCCUCAACGAGACCCUUGCUUCUUACCUUUUCGGCCCACGAUAAAGCAACGCUAGUCAGGAAUAUUGAAGCGCACACUGCGGUGAUCAAUCAGUUCUACUUGGCUGAUGUCGCCCAUACGCUUAACCUUAAGCGCAGCCGCUUUUCACACCGCGGAUUUGUGGUUGCCGGUGAGGCUACAGCGAUAGACAAUAUGGCAGUGGAAAAUUUUAGCUUCGGCUCAAGUAACCCAAUCAGCCAGCUCGCAUUCGUCUUCACUGGACAGGGUGCGGCGUGGGCUGGCAUGGGUAGGGAUGCUAUCCAAACAUUCCCUGUCUUCCGGCAGACCAUCCAGAAACUCGAUUUAAUUCUGAAGAGCGUUGAUCAUCCACCUAGUUUUUCAAUCGAGGAACAGCUGAUCUCAUGGACCAGCGACAUCAACAAUGCCAACAUAUCACAACCGACCCUAGUUGCAACUGAAAUCGCGCUCGUCGAUCUUUUAGCAUCCUGGGGAAUUGUUCCGGCGGCCACUGUUGGACAUUCAGCGGGUGAAUACGCGGCUGCAUAUGCAGCUGGUCUUGCCUCUGCGCCAGAGCUCAUUAUUGCAGCUUACUAUCGAGGGUACUGCUUGGAAAAGUAUGCCAACACCAGCGGUUCAAUGCUAGCUGUGGGCAGAGGUUCAGAUGAGCUGAACGAAUACCUCCCCCGCCUCAGCAAAGAUAUUGUCAUUGCUUGCGAAAAUUCGCCUAAUAGUGUCACACUCAGUGGCACCACCGCAGCUAUUCAGGAUGCUAAACACAUUUUCACGGCAGAGAACAUCUUUGCACGAGAGCUCAGAACCGGUAUGGCAUACCACUCGCCGCAAAUGGAGCCAGUCGCAGCUCCCAUGGUAGGGCUUGUGGAAAACGCUUAUCGUAAGCUCGAUACUAUGUCAUACGAAUGGCGGUGCCCACGAGUGACGAUGAUUUCUUCUGUUACAAAUUGUCCGCUAGCAGAUGGACAAAUCAACCCGGAGUAUUGGGCAUCUAACCUCACGGGCCGUGUCUUGUUCAACACUGCUAUCAAAACUCUGGCGAAGGCCGAAGGUUUUGAAAAUCUAGGGGCAUUUAUUGAAAUUGGCCCGCACUCUGCACUUGCUGGCCCACUGAAGCAGAUAUUCCAAAGGAAUGGUCUCGAGAAGGCCUCAUACAUUCCAACACUCAUUCGAAAUGAGGACGGUGCCAGAAGCCUGCUCAAGACGGCUGGAGAGCUUUUCCUCAGAGGCUAUCCGGUUGACCUUUACGAGGUCAACAAACAGGACACACAUGCUAAUACUGUGAAACGCUCGGAAAUGAUGCCAUUGACGCUGGUCGACCUACCCCCGUACCAAUGGAAUUAUGAAAAGGUGUUCUGGGCGGAGCCACGGAUGAGCGCCGAGUACCGCCAGCUAACGCAUGCUCGACAUGAUCUUUUAGGGAGCAGAAUGCCAGGUCUCUCACAUAAUAAUAUGGUGUGGAGAAACAUACUUCGUUUGAAGGAUAUACCUUGGCUACAAGACCACAAGCUUGGUGGUUCAAUCAUGUUCCCAGCAGCAGGGCAUAUGGCACUUGCCAUCGAAGCAGCCAGACAACACUGCGAGAUUAAGAAAAUUGACGUGAUCGGAGCAACACUGCGAAAUUUUGAACUCAAAACAGCCUUGAUCAUCCCGGAGAGUGAUACAGGUAUUGAGAUUCAACUUCGACUAUUGCAAUGUUCCUCUUCGGGGAGCGCCCCAUGUUACAGCUUCGCAGUUGAAUCAUACCUGAAUAACGCGUGGGUUACCCAUUCAGAGGGUACAGUAAGCCCCGUCAUUCCUGAAACCAAUUUGUCUAUUCUCCACCAUCCAGUCAACCUAGAUCGUCUUACCCAAAGACACACGGGUGAGAGAUGGAACCAAGCUUUCCGGCGCGUUGGCUUUGAGUAUGGCCCGUCAUUUGAUUCCCUUGAAAAAAUUAGGACGCAUGAGGAUCUAUAUCAAGCCGCAGGUCAAAUUCCUGUCACAACUGCCAGUAACCUGAUGGUAGACGAGUCGAGAUACGUGCUCCAUCCUUCAACUGUCGACUGCCUAUUGCAGCUUUCCAUCAUUUCGAUCCAUGCGGGUUUAUACGAUGAAAUUCCCUGGGGUGUUGUGCCGAUUAAGUUUGAAGAGGUUACGAUCCUCUCUCCUGGUGAUGAUAAUGCCGGGGCUAUCGGUCAAGCAGUGGCCUGGAACACCGUCCGAGGCGAACGAUCUCGUUACUUUAACACCAAUGCCCAAUUGGCUACAGAUGCUGGGAGGGUUGUGUUAGAUAUCAAGGGGCUUCACACCGUGGCGUAUGAGGCAGCCCUGCCACCAAGCAGUGAAUCGCGAAUCAAGCCACUGCCGUACGCCGGCAUUGUGUGGAAGCCUGACUACACGAUAUGCGGUAUAGAUGAUGCCCUAUCCGAAGAAACCAAGCUGGGCACUGCAAUCGACGCCGUCCCGGAAGCUGUUCGCAUGUUUAACCACAAGCAGGCCCUGUCUUCCGUCCUAGUUGUUGAUCUUUCAUCAGACUUUGAUGUCCCUACCCUUAUGCGAAGCAUCUCUCUUACAGGCGAUCUUCAUGUCGCAUGCGGUGUGCCAAACCCAGUUGUUGGAACUAAGGCUGGUGUUGAGCUGUUAGGAGAGUCACGCGUUAAACGGCUCACGCUUCCAGAAGGACCGGUGGACUGGUCUGCUCUAAACCUUGGAGCGCACGACUUGGUCAUCGUUAACUAUAACGAGUCACCCAGUUUGGUCCUAUCUGAAUCUCUUCCGUUCUUGGAGUCACAGAUCACUACGACUAGCAAAGUGAUUUGCUUGUUCAAUCAUGAUUCAUUGCCCCAGGCACGCAUUGAUAUUCAAAACUCAGGUUUUUUGACCACAGAGAUUUCGUUUUCGGAUAGAGAACUUCUUUUUUGCACCCCCAAGAAUGGUCAUACCAGUGGACUUGAACAGGGAAAUAAGCUUAUCAGCUUAGUCUACUCGAAAAUUCACUCGGCUGCGCCUCAUGCUCUUGCAGAUGCUAUGACGAAGCAGCAUAUGAAUGUUCAAAUCAAGGCCAUCGAAGAUGUAGACCCGAACACCGAUAAGGAUAUCGUCCUUUAUAACCCGUCCGGAAAUCUUCUUUCGCACCCCGAGCCAUCGUCAUUCGAAGCUUUAAAGAAGAUUGUCUCCUCAGGCGCGUCCGUCCUAUUCCUUACUGCAGGAGUCAAUGAGGCUAAAUGCGCCCACGGAGCGAUGUUGUCGGGUUUCCUACGCGUCGUGAGAAAUGAGCAAAAAAUGUCAGACUUAUUCUUGCUCGACUUUGACAAGAAUCAGACACUUGAAUCGAUCGCCAAAACAGUGAUAGAUGUCACUGCAGCACGCUACAGCACUGAUUCACCCCCCGAGAAUGAGUACUGGCUUCAUAAUGGAGCCUGUUACAUUAGCCGCAUUGUCCCGAAUGAAGAUAUUAACUCUCGAAUGACCCCUGAUGAAACAAGCUACGAAAUGCCACUCCCACGCGGUAAAUUGCUUCGAGCAACCCUGGCUGGAGGCAAGGCCGUCUUUCACCAGAGUGAUGCUUUAGAGAGAACGCCUAUCAAGGCAAAUGAAGUUGAAAUCCAAAUUGAGAAUUUGGACUUCCAUUUGCAAGAUCUGCAAACUGCAGCCGAAGGACCAAGACUCGUCACUGGUAUUGUCAUCGAUAUCGGGCAAGCCGUUGACAAUAGCUUGCUCUCCAAGACAGUAAUAACCUACACACAUAAUCUAUAUGAUACCAUAGUGAGAAAUCCGGAAAUUCUGUGUGUUGAGUGCAGCCCAAAUGCGGCUCAGCGACUCCUCUAUUCUUUACCUACUCUUUGCCAGGCGGCCAAUGUGUUACAAUCUGUCCCAGGGCCAAUUGAUGAAAAACAUAUCUUGCUGCUGCCGUCUGCCAAUUCAUUGGCUCCAAGUUUUGCUACCCUCAGCAGAGCACAAGGUUUCAAGGUUACAGUUGUUGCCGACGGAAAAGUUAGGUCCGAAGAAGCCGUGCACGAUGGUCCCCCCAUAGCUACGCCCAUACUGGACGUUGCCCAGAUCCAUCGCACGAUGGGAGAUGCGGGAUCCGCGUUAGUCGUCGUUGCUCAAGACUACUCAGCUCUCACGCAAGAAAUUUGGGCUAGAAUCCCAGCAGGGGCAUGGCUUGUGCUAAGUGAGAGCAAACAAGCCCACUUGUCCGCAUCUCCAGAUGUAAAUCCCUUUAACCGCGGUGCUCAUUUCUGUGUCACUACUAUCGACUCCACACUUAAUGCUGAUCCAUCAUCAAUGGCGAAGAUACUGUGUUCCGUUGUGACCAUAAUCGAAAAUGAUACCAACUGUUCUAAUACGCCACAGAAGGUUCUAAACAUUGGUGCUUUGGACGAAGCAUCACAAAUAGCCACGGAUAGAUCCGUUCUGGCGUAUAAUUACGAAGGUGAUAUUGCCAAGAUUUUCCCGGCAGCAUUCCAACUCCGAUUCUCUCCAGAUGAUGCCUACCUCCUUGUCGGCUGUCUAGGUGGCCUUGGGCGUAGCUUGACCUCCUGGAUGAUAAGCCGUGGAGCCAAACACUUUGCCUUCAUUUCGCGCUCCGCAGACGACAAACCAGAAGCAGCACAGCUUAUCAAGUCUAUCAAAGAAGCUGGAGCUAUCCCCCAAGUAUUCCGAGGCGAUGCGUCAAAGCCGAGCGACGUAUCACGGGUGAUCUCUGCAGUCACAUCAGAACGACGCAUUAAAGGUGUCGUACAUGCAGCCAUGGUCCUCCAGGAUGCUAUUCUGGGCCCGAACAUGACUACGGAGAAAUUCAAAACAGCCCUUGCACCCAAAGUUGAUGGCGCCCAAACCCUACAUCACGCGCUGAAAGGCCAUGACUUGGACUUCUUCGUUAUGACAAGUUCCAUCUCCGCCACUGUCGGUCAACCUGGCCAGUCUAAUUAUGCAGCUGCGAACAGCUUCCUUGACAACCUCGCUUGGCAACGAAAUCUCAACGGCCUCCCUGCCACCUCCCUUAUCCUACCAAUGGUUCUUGGUGUCGGUGUUGUAGCAGAGAGCGACACACUCGAGGAUAAAAUUGCCCGUACGGGAAUGUACGGUAUCAACGAACGCGAAAUGCUUCGCGGCUUCGAGGCUGCGAUGUCUCAACCUGUUCCAAGCCCUGGAGGUGAUAUGACGGCCACGCGCGCAAAUUCCGCGAUCAAUCUUGGCCUCGACCCUACCCGUCUAGCGGCCGCUUUAGCUGCCGCUAACUGGAACACUGAUAUAGAGUGGACCCAAGAUCCACGAUUUUCCAGCCUUCGGCCCCUAAUCGAUGCAGCCGCUGGUGGCCAGGGCGGAAACUCCACAGAUGGCGCUAGUGGAACUUGUGCCGAGCAAGCCGUCUCUCUCGCUGCAGAGGGCGAGUACGAUCAAGCUAUCAGCAUCAUUGCGACGUAUAUUAUAGAGAAAUGCGCAAGUAUCCUUAUGAAAUCUGCGGAGGACUUCGAGCUCGACGGCCCUUCUAUUGGGGCUUAUGGGCUGGAUAGUAUGAUUGGAGCUGAGUUGAGGAAUUGGCUGUUUAAGCAGUUUGGGUUGAAUAUUGCGUUCCAAGAUUUGCUGGCGACGACUCUUACCUUUAAAGGGCUUUCCGAGCUUGUUUUGGGGUUCUUCGGUGUGGCAAAGCCUGAAUAA